GUCGUGCGCGUGAGCCCCGUAGGGCCGGGGAGGCACCAGCUGCCGCGCGGGGAGGAGGCCGAGGCCGCAGCUUGAGGGAGGCCCCGGCCCCUCUGUACGCGUGGGUGUGGACGGCUAGGGGAAGGGAAGGGGGGCCGGCCCACUGGCCGGCCGGGCGCCUGUGUCUGGCAGAGCCGGUGUGAGACGAAGAGACAAUCCUUCCCUGCCGCCCGGAUAAUCAAGAGUUUUGGCCGGACCUUUGAGCACACACCGAGAGAGUGAGGAGCCAGACGAAAAGCACAGACUAUGGCGCUGAAACGGAUUAAUAAGGAACUUAGUGAUUUGGCCCGUGACCCUCCAGCACAAUGUUCUGCAGGUCCAGUUGGGGAUGAUAUGUUUCAUUGGCAAGCCACAAUUAUGGGACCUAAUGACAGCCCAUAUCAAGGCGGUGUAUUCUUUUUGACAAUUCAUUUUCCUACAGACUACCCCUUCAAACCACCUAAGGUUGCAUUUACAACAAGAAUUUAUCAUCCAAAUAUUAACAGUAAUGGCAGCAUUUGUCUCGAUAUUCUAAGAUCACAGUGGUCUCCUGCUUUAACUAUUUCUAAAGUUCUUUUAUCCAUUUGUUCACUGCUAUGUGAUCCAAACCCAGAUGACCCCCUAGUGCCAGAGAUUGCACGGAUCUAUAAAACAGACAGAGAUAAGUACAAUAGGUUAGCAAGAGAGUGGACAGAGAAAUACGCUAUGUUGUAGGGUACAACAGAAUAUCUCGGGAAUGGACUCAGAAGUAUGCCAUGUGAUGCUACCUUAAAGUCAGAAUAACCUGCAUUAUAGCUGGAAUAAACUUUAAAUUACUGUUCCUUUUUUGAUUUUUCUUAUCCGGCUGCUCCCCUAUCAGACCUCAUCUUUUUUAAUUUUAUUUUUUGUUUACCUCCCUCCAUUCAUUCACAUGCUCAUCUGAGAAGACUUAAGUUCUUCCAGCUUUGGACAAUAACUGCUUUUAGAAACUGUAAAGUAGUUACAAGAGAACAGUUGCCCAAGAUCAGAAUUUUUUUAAAAAUGGAGCAUGUGUAUUAUGUGGCCAAUGUCUUCACUCUAACUUGGUUAUGAGACUAAAACCAUUCCUCACUGCUCUAACAUGCUGAAGAAAUCAUCUGAGGGGGAGGGAGAUGGAUGCUCAGUUGUCACAUCAAAGGAAGCAGCAUUAUUCUAGCAUCCAGUCUUUUUUUAAGCCUUCCACUGUUAGAGAUUUGAGGUUACAUGAUAUACUUUAUGCUCAUAACUGAUGUGGCUGGAGAAUUGGUAUUGAAUUUAUAGCAUCAGCAGAACAGAAAAUGUGAUGUAUUUUAUGCAUGUCAAUAAAGGAAUGACCUGUUCUUGUUCUACAGAGAAUGGAAAUUGGAAGUCAAACACCCUUUGUAUUCCAAAAUAGGGUCUCAAACAUUUUGUAAUUCUCAUUUAAAUUGUUAGGAGGCUUGGAGCUAUUAGUUAAUCUAUCUUCCAAUACACUGUUUAAUAUAGCACUGAAUAAAUGAUGCAAGUUGUCAAUGGAUGAGUGAUCAACUAAUAGCUCUGCUAGUAAUUGAUUUAUUUUUCUUCAAUAAAGUUGCAUAAACCAAUGAGUUAGCUGCCUGAAUUAAUCAGUAUGGGAAACAAUCUUUUGUAAAUGCAAAGCUGUUUUUGUAUAUACUGUUGGGAUUUGCUUCAUUGUUUGACAUCAAAUGAUGAUGUAAAGUUCAAAAGAGUGAAUAUUUUGCCAUGUUCAGUUAAAAGUGCACAGUCUGUUACAGGUUGACACAUUGAUUGACCUGAUUUAUGCAGAAUUAAUAAGCUAUUCGGAUAGUGUAGCUUUAGUAUGCUGCACAUGAUACUGGCAGCCCUGGAGUUCAUAGAUGGACUUGGGACCCAGCAGUUUUGAAACAUGUAUGUGGAGUUUGAGAAAUUUAUUUUCCAGGUGCAACCCCCAUCUAACUAAAUUUUUUUCUUCACCUUGUACACUCGACAGCUGAAAAAACCAUAACAUGGGAGUAAUAAUGGGUCAAAAUUUACAAAAUAAAGUACUGUUUUGGUGUGGGAGUUGUCAUGAGGCUGUGUUGAAGUGACUUAACUAUGUGGGAUAUUGAAUAUCCAUUGAAAUGGAUUUGUUCAGCCAUUUACAUUAAUGAGCAUUUAAAUGCAACAGAUAUCAUUUCAGGUGACUUAACAUGAAUGAAUAAAAGUCAAUGCUAUUGGAUUA